AUGGAGCUGGGACUCGCCGUGAUCUUCGGAUUGCAUUCGGUGUGCUCCAUCUGCUUGACGCUGCUGAACAAACAGCUGGCGGAAGAGAUACCAUUUCCAUUAACCAUUGUCCUCUUUCAAUGCCUUGCGAGCAUACCCUUCACUCUGAUUGCGAACGCCCGAUUCAAUCAGAUCAAGACGAUUCGGACCUCGCAUCUACCUGGAGCUUUGCUGAUUUCUGUUUUGUUCAUCUCUUGCCUGGCCAGCAGCUUGCUGGGGUUGAAGCGCGUUCAUGUGCCCAUGGUUGUGGUCGGCAAGAAUUUAGGCCCCUUUUGGACAGCCUUGCUAGAAACCGUGAUCUUGAAGGCACCCUUAAACCCACGGACACUUUUCUCGCUGCUUAUUGGUGUGCUGGGCAGCACCCUCUAUGCAAUGGGAGAUGCCAACUCAGACUUAGAAGGCAACUUGGCCGACAGUGGGAGUGGUGGGGAAGAGUGUCUAUUCUGGGUUGGCAGCAAUGCUCUGCUGGUGGCUUUCACUUCCGUCUCUGAAAAGUAUGUGGUGCGGAAUGUGGAUCAGGCUGCCCUGGGUUUCAGCUUGUAUCGAACCUUGCAAAGCAAGAUGUCACCUGCACGGCUUUCAGCUGGAAAUGCUGUGGCCAUUCCACUGCUAUGGAUACUGAUGACAGUUGGUUGGGAAUGGUCUUGGAGGACAGCUCAAAGAUUCCCGUGUCCCUGCCGCACCGUGGUGCUUCUCGGGUCUUUCGGCAUCUUUCUGUGCUUAUUUCUGGGUCAGCAAUCAUCUGGCCUCGAGGGCUUGUCCGACAGAACCGAGCAAGACUGGAGAUUGAUGGGGAAAGAUAUCAACUUUCGCAAUGGAUCUCUGAAGUACAUGUCUAAGACAAAGAUUUUUCCCUUCCGAACAGGGUGUCCUGAGGAAUGCUCGAAGCUGCGUGCAGCUGCAGCCUUGAAGCUGGAGGACACGUACUUUCGGACAGGCACCCUGUGGAGUUUGUCUGGAAGACAUUUGCAGAAUGCCUCACAGAUUGAGCAAAAGAUCCGGGCAGAAUCCGUGCCACGAGACUUCGGAACUUCUUUUGACCUGGUGGAAUCCGAGAUCAUGCGCGAGGUACAGGAACUACCCUUUGCGCUGGAGCAUAUGAUGUUUUACCACCAGCAAAAAUCCAUGCACCUUUCUUUGUCGUACGACUGCUGCUGGACAGAAGAGGAGGUUCAGAACUUUCAACUGGUCUUUCGAAGAUGGUUGGGCCAAACGCGCUUCAAUCUUCACUUGCACUUCACUCACUUGGAAUGCUGGUUGGAAAGGUUCAAUUCUUUGACCAUCAUCGCAGUGGUGGAUUCCGCCGCUCAGAGAGAGCUCCUGCGAUGGAAUCAUCAGCUGAACGAACUGCUGCGGAGCCAUGACAUCCCAGUGCUGGUGCAAAGAGAAGAUCAGAUGCCCUUUCACAUGACCGUGCUGGGCAUAUAUCUUGGCAAAGAGUUCUCUCCGCUGCCCCGCGACCACAUGGAACUCUUUGGAGAAGCGAUCUGCGAAAAAGUCGCUGAAGUCUCGCAGGCUCAUGGCACCUUCGGUACCACUGCAACGGACCCGGUGGUGCUGAAUUUUGUGCCUGAAGUUAGUUGUGGCUGUGCUGGUGGCUGUGCUGGUGGCUGGGGUGCGUUGGUGCUGCUGAUCUACAAGGACACUCAGACAUACCCAGAUCUGCAGAAAACCAAACUUCGGCUGCGACAUGGACGUCGAGGUGGAGGGGGAGAGGGGCUGAGUUUUUGCAGCAUCGACUGUCUUCAGUGCAGCGGCUGGUCUCUUCAUCUUUACGCUGCAAGGGCGGGUGAGCGCAACGAAGCACGUCAGCAUGACAUGGUGAGGCGUGUGAAUCGAUGCAGCAUCAACGAGCAACGAGCCAGGAAGGAUCUGGGCUGGAUGGCGGUUUUGGGCUACAGCCUCUCUACCUUGAGUGUGGCCUUGUAUGUGUUCCUCCCAGCCCUUCCAGCCAAGCGCGUGGCGACGAAGAAUGCCGGUCAAAGUCCUCGGAUUAAACCGUGA